AUGAUUUCAAAAUGGUGUUAUUUUGUUAUUGUCAAGGAGAAGAAGCAGAUCUCAGGAUCGGUAACGGUUUCUUUGAUCUCAGGAGUUUCGGUUUUAAUCGGAGCGGUUUCUGUAUCGGUUUGGUUAAUCCGGAGAAAACAGAGCUCCGGCGAGUACAAAACAGAGUCGAAGACAGAGUUCGACGAAGAAGGGCAAGAUGGUAAAUUUGUAGCGUUUGAUGAAGGAUUCGAGCUUGAGCUUGAGGAUUUGUUGAGAGCAUCGGCUUAUGUAAUAGGUAAAAGCAGGAGCGGGAUUGUGUACAGAGUAGUGACGACGGAAUCAUCCUCCGACGUUGUUGCCGUUAGAAGGCUCGGCGACGGUAACGCCACGUGGCGGUUUAAGGAUUUCGAGAACGAAGUGGAGAUUAUGAGUAGGAUCAAUCAUCCAAACAUUGUUAAGCUAAGUGCUUACUAUUAUGCAGAGGAUGAGAAGCUUCUAAUCACUGAUUUCAUUACCAAUGGAAGCUUGUACUCUGCUUUACAUGGUGGACCUUCGAAUACUCGGCUUCCGCUCUCUUGGGCUGAGAGGUUACGUAUAGUACAAGGGACAGCUCGGGGUUUGAUGUAUAUACAUGAAUACAGUUCAAGAAAGUAUGUACACGGCAACUUAAAAUCGAGCAAGAUCCUGUUAGAUGAUGAGCUACAUCCUCGCAUUUCGGGUUUCGGUCUCACACGUCUGGUUUCGGGUUAUCCCAAACUACCAACUGAUCAUUCACAAUCCACCAAAAUGCAAAGCAUAGACCACACAGUGGCGACAAGGCUCUCAGCUCAUCAAGUUGCUUACCUUGCACCCGAAGCCCGAGCUUCUUCUUCUGGUUGCAAAUCAUCUCAGAAAUGCGAUGUUUAUUCAUUUGGGGUGAUUCUAUUGGAAUUGUUGACUGGUCGGUUACCAUAUAAUGGUUCCUAUGAAACCGAAGGAGAAGAACUCGUUAGUACUUUGAGGAAGUGGCACAAGGAAGAGAGAUCGUUGGCCGAGAUCUUAGAUCCGAAGCUUCUAAAUCAGGAUUUCGCCGAUAAACAAGUUCUUGAAACCAUUCGUGUCGCUUUAAACUGCACGGAAAUGGAUUCAGAGAUGCGUCCUAGGAUGAGAUCUGUGUCUGAGUGUUUAGGUCGAAUCAAAUCGGGAUAA